AAUUGAUUUUCCCCCAAUCAGUAUAGAUCUGUUCGUUCCUAGACAGUUACUUUGUAGCUGUUAGCAGGAAACCUGUGAAUAAUAAGGAUGGCAAGUGUAUCCAGAGUCCUGACCAAGAGGAUUUUAUCAACUAAAGCCCUCCCUGCAGCCGCCCGAUGUAGCUCCAGGAACAGCCACUUCUCCGUCUAUGGGAAGAAGGACAACGCCAAAGUGUCAGAUGGUACGAUGCAGACCCAUGCAGCAGUGUUCCGUACCGGCGACGUUCUGAAGGAGGGAUGUGACAAGAUGGACGCCAUCUACCAGACCAUGGAGGACAUCAAGACAUUCGACCGGGGUAUGGUGUGGAACACUGACCUGGUCGAGUCUCUAUACUGCAGAACCUGAUGCUGAACGCGGUCCAGACUAUCCACUCUGCCGAGGCCCGCAAGGAGACCAGGGGAGCACAUGCCCGGGAGGACUACAAGGACCGUAUAGAUGAGCUGGACUACGCCAGGCCUCUGGCAGGACAGGAGAGGAAGCCUUUGGAACAGCAUUGGAGAAAACACACCAUGUCCACUGUGGAUCCUCAGACUGGCGAGGUAACUCUGGAGUACCGACCAGUGAUUGACACCUCUCUGGACCAGGGGGAAUGUUCAGCCGUCCCUCCAACCAUCCGCUCCUAUUGAGACCAUCUCAACAGGAACACUUAUUUAUUAUUGUCAGUCUGUAGGCUUCCAGCAAAACCCACCUAUGAUCCACUUCACUGUGUGACCUUCACUCUGUGUGAGGGAGCACUGUAGAUAGGGAAUUACUGCUGUCUCACAUGCAGUCUGACUUUCAACCCAGAUAUUGUAGGCAACACUGCAAGCAAAGGAAUUGUUAAGGUAAUAUGAUUGAAGUUUGUAAAUCUAGAACUGUUUUCUAAUUGUCUGUUGUCAUAUGAAGUUGUAGAGUAGUUUCAUUUACAUUACAUUACAUUUAAGUCAUUUAGCAGACGCUCUUAUCCAGAGCGACUUACAAAUUGGUGCAUUCACCUUAUGACAUCCAGUGGAACAGCCACUUUACAAUAGUGCAUCUA